AUGGAGUCUGAUGAAAAUAAAGAAAAUUCAAUGUCUAAAUAUGUUGAUAAAUUAGUUGAAUUGGAAUUAUUGAAAGAAGUUUACAAAAAAAAUCAAGCUAAAUUGAUUGAAAAAAAUAAUGAAUUGAUACAAGAAAAGAAGAUAUUGGACGAACUUCAUCAUCAAAUUUGGAGCAUGAAUGAUGAAUUUUGUGACAAAAUUUGGAAUACAUCAAGAGAAAAUAAUUAUUAUGAUUUUAUCAAUAAAUAUCUUGAUGCUACAGUUGAUCCACCACCAAAUGAGAGUAAUAAUGAUCCUCAAAUGAUACGUUAUCUAGAAAGAGAAGUGAAAAUUUUAAUAAGGGAAAUUGAUGAUCUUGAUUUCGAAUUAAAAAAACAAAAAACUGAAAAAUUAGAAAUAUCAUCAACAAAAUUACAACCACCGAAAUUUGUAUUUAAAACUCCAAUGAUGAAGAAAUUAACAUCACCAGUUAAAUCAUCAUCAUCAUCAUCAUUAUUUAAGUACACAUAG